AAAGCUGUGCUGAAUGAAUUAGUCUAACCUUACAAAAACACAUGGCUUCAUCUUUCUGCAACCAACACCACCCUCUUCAACGUUCCAACCUUUGAAUCUGUGACUUAAAAAGAAACCACUCACCAUUUUCUUUUCCAAAGUCUCAUUCUCUGUUCCCUCAACACCCUAUUUGCCAUGUUAUUAUUCCUCAUAUCAUCACAACUUUUUUGCCUUCACUAUUGGACCACUCAAAAAGAAAAAAAGGUUGCAAAUUAAAACUUUGAUUUGAUUUCUCACCUUUCCUCAAUUCAAAGUUUUUUUUUUUUUUUCUUGAACCCUCCAUUGUUCUGUUUAGUUCUUUCAUAAAAAGGAUCCUUUCCUCAUUUUUUUUGGGUUAACUCUUUCACCAUUUUUUUUUUCCUUAGAAAAAUGGUGGUUGAAUUUAUUUGCUCAGAAAAUCCAAUGAGUCCAAGAAUUUCAUUCUCACAUGAUUUCUCCCAAUUUGAUGUGAUCCCAGUUGAGAGAAUUCAACACCCUUUGAGAUCAAACUCAUCUAGAUUCAACUCAUCCAUUGAUUUCGAUUUCCAUAUCCAUGAAGAGAACAACCAAACAUCUUCAGCUGAUGAGCUUUUCUCUGAGGGUAGAAUCGUCCCAACUGAAAUCAAGAACACCCAAAAAGACACAAAUGCCCCUCUGAAGCAAAACGGUAGUAGUCAUCAAUUACAAAAAAUAGAGCAUAGCGGCAUACACAAAGCCUCGAACCCGGUACCUUCUUGCUUAAGCAAUAUCGAGCCACUUACCACUCGGACCAACUCUACAGAAGAAAAGUUUACUAAUAAUGAAAUUAUUAUUAGAAACAAAGAAACAAAAGUCUAUGUUGAUGGUGGUUCAAAUUCAAAAUCAUUUUGGAGCUUCAAGAGAAGUAGCAGUUGUGGAAGUGGGUAUGGUAGGAGAUUGUGUCCAUUGCCACUUUUGUCAAGAAGCAAUUCAACUGGUUCUUCUCCUAAAAGGGUCCCACUUUCUUCUUCCUCUAUCAAGCAACAAAAUUCUCAUCAGAAGCAUUAUUAUUCUUAUAGCACCACAACAGCAACAGCAACAACAACAAGGUCUUCUUCUUCUUCCAAUUCUAAUCAUCAUCAUCGUCUAAAGCCUCCAUUGAAGAGAAGUCACAAUGCAUCAUAUUAUGGGAAUAAUAAUAACAAUAGUGUUAGAGUCAAUCCUGUUCUGAAUGUUCCUCCUGUAAGUCUCUCUGGUUUGUGUUCAAUCUUCUCCAACAAUAGAGAUAGGAGCAAGAAGAAGUAAUAAUUUAGUGAUUUACCUCAGACAAGGGCAAAAAGGGAAAAAAAGUGUGAAGGUAACAAAAUUAUAUAUGAAAAUUUAUGUUGCUGCUAAAUUAAAUUUCAAAAUUAUCCAUAAAAAAAUAUUUUUUAAUAUUUUUAUAAAU